AUGUUGGUUAUCACUUUUUUAGUGUGGCUAAUCUUCCUGGCAAGUCAUUCCCAACACUCUGGUGCACAGUUGCCUUAUUCCUCAGAGAUUACUAAGGCAGAAGCACUGGGAGCGGUGCAGGCUGUUAUAUCGUCAAGUCACCAGCAAGAGUGUCCUGUGAUCCUGUUAUGGAACCACCCAGGACAGAUUACUUUCAGCUUUCUAAAGGACCUCAGUAAGGUGGUGGCGUUGUGGGGCGUCACUGUCUUCCAGGUGGCAGCUCACAGUGUGAUUAACAAUGAGACUCAGAUCAACCUGGAAACAAUGGUCGGAAACGUUCGUCUGGUAGGUUGGGAGGCGUGGCACUGCCUGGUGGUGGUGGUGGUGAGUGAUGACCCUGCCUUCCUCGCCGCCUUCGCUCAUCUGUCACUCAAGCGUCACGCCCUCAGGUGGUCCACGAGGAUCCUUAUCCUCACUCGCCUCCCUCUCAGCCGCCUUGGUGGCCUGCACGACCUUCUCUCCAACAGGAACGCCAUGCUGCUUCUCAUACGAGAUGACGAAAAAGAAAUCAGAAAUGUUGACGUGUACGUGGCAGCGCCGUACAGCACGCCCACCACCCAGCCCAGGAGACUUGUCACUUGGACACCAAACACAACUUGGACGCGAGCCUCUUAUGUCCAGUUUUUUCCAGAGAAGUUUUUUGUGUUUAGUUCAGCGCCAAGACUAACUCUGGUGAUCGAGCAAAUGGCACAUGACUUCAUAUCGUGGGUAGAGGACCCGGAAGCCCCAGAGAAACGCCGUCUUGCCUACACAGGCCACAUCGACAACACAGUGAAAUACUUCGCCAAGGCAAUGAAUUUCACGUACAGAUACGUGUUGUCCCCAGACAGGACGUUCGGCACCAAGCUGCCUGACGGAUCCUGGACCGGCAUGAUGGGCAUGGUUGUGCGGGAGACAGUAGACUUCGGAGCUGUACCCUUCAUGAUAUCACCUGUACGGGCAGAAGCUGGUGACUAUACCUCGGCAAUCUGGACUGGAAACAUGAAGAUAGUUAGUGGACUUAGCGGGCUACAGAUAAACCCAUGGGGCUUCCUGCUGCCGCUCACGCCCCUAGUGUGGGCAUCCACAUUGGCAGCUUUGCUAGGAGUGCUCACAGUAUUGUUGUUUCUUACCUCGUGUCUGUCCAGGAAAACAAAGAGCUGCGGCGGCUGGUCCGCCAACACCUCUAGUUCUGUGCGCGUCCUUCUGCAACAAGGUGAGGCCUAG